AUGUACCUAAAACUUCAAAUACAACCAAACCAGUUCAAGUGUCAAAAGUUGAAGGUGUGUGUACCGAACGAAUUCAGAUGCAACGGUUUGUCGGAAUGUUCAGACCUCUCAGAUGAAAAGAACUGCUUGAGUAUAAAUGAAUACGGAUUAUUGACGAGUGUCUACCAGAAUCAGUCUGGUUAUCUUAUAUGUUCUGACGGAUGGUUGAAUGAGCACAGCGAUGCGGCUUGCAGAAAUAUGGGAUACAGUCGCAGCAUUAGAUUCAAUGCCGUGUACCAGAAUUCGGCAAAAUCGCUGAGAAAUUUUGAAGGAAAGUUUGCAGAUGGAACUGAUUUUUUGGCUAAUUUCAAACCGUCGUCCAACUGUCCGAGCAACCGUUAUGUUGAAUUGAGCUGUUACACGCAAGAAUGCGGCAAGCGAGAUGCUUCCUUCGACUUGAAGGACACUUACAUUCGGAAUGGUUUCAUCGCAAAAGAUUCCGCCUGGCCCUGGCAGAUUCAAAUGUACAAAAAUAUAAUUGACAUUAAUGAAACGCUGUUUUCUUGUGGAGGAACUAUCCUAAGCGAAAGAUGGAUCCUAACCGCGGCUCACUGCCUCUUCCGUGGAGAUGAACUGUGGCAGAAUAGUGCGUAUCGCAUCCAGGUUGGAACGAACAGACUAUUUGACAAGCGCUUCAAAGAAUUAACAGUCGAUGAAGUGAAGUUGUUUCAAUACAAUUCCUCAGUUGCGGCUAACGAUAUAGCCUUGAUUAAACUUAGUGAGCCGCUGACAUUCAACAAAACAGUUCAACCAAUCUGCCUGGCUCAACCCAAUAUCGUCGAAGCCUACGAUGUUUGUGUUGUUACUGGGCACGGGAAAACUGAUCCAGCGGACGGCAUAUCUUCGAGUAAGUUGCUGUUGCAAGGCAAGAUGAACGUAAUGACUCACUCCGAGUGUUUGGCCAGCUACGUUGAAAUACUUCAAAGGAGCGAGAAUGAGUUUAACGUUACUUACGAGAAACAGUUUUGCGCCGGCCUCAUGCCAGCAUUCAUAGGAAUCAGACCAAUGGAGGGUGACAGCGGAGGACCUCUGAUGUGCAGAAACUCCCGGUUUCAAUGGACUCAGAUCGGAGUAGUCAGCUACGGCGAUGACUCCAAGAUAGAUUAUUGUCCAAUCAGUGUCUUUACUAGAGUUUCCUACUACUACAAAGCUCUCAUGGAUGCUAUGAAAUGAGUUUGCAAAAAAAAGAAGCUAAUUUGAUAUCCUGCUAACUUUAAUCUGAUUAGUAUUUUAGUAGUUAACAACAUAUGAGGAAUGUGAUUCAAAACUUAGCAUUUUAAUAAUAUCAUGGUUUUCAAAUGUCUUUAUGUAUAUUUUAAUUGCAGUUUAUAAUUUAUGAUUCAGAUAAAAGUUAUUUAUUUUUAAUUUCGUAGAUUUUAAUCACGCACUUAAUAUUUAUAUAUAUAUAAGUAUGUAUAUAUAUAUAGUUGGCUAAACAGGAAACUAACUAACGCGGAAUAUAUAUAUAUCCGAAGAAAGCCUAAACGUAGAAUUUUUAUAGCUAGAGAACGGACUUGCCCCAACUACUUCAUGAACAACAUGCCUUGGUCCAGCUAUUCGAAGCGACGUUGAACCGCAUGUCAAGUGAUGAAUAUAAAGUCGUGAUCAGAGCAGAUAAAUGACCCAAAGAAUGCUCUGACAAUAAAUGAAACGACAAUUUGACUGUUAGUGAAAAUAUGGAAAAUGAUAUCGUGUCUCUCGUGCUUACACGCCGUGAUGCUGGACAGUUCCAGCAAGUCUAUGAGACACGCCGUUCGUACGAUGCCUCCCGAUGUUUGGCGAGAAGAUUCAAGCAGGGAAGCUGGAAGUGAUAUGACAUUAAGAAAUGAAUUCAACUUGUUUAUCAUUCGCCAUGACGAUCAAAAUAUAAGAUGAUACAUAUUUUUAUAUAUUUGACAUUUGUAGUGAUAAUUAGUGAGUGUAGUGAUUUAUAUUUGAUAUAUUUUUUACGUUAGCAGCUCUGUAAUAUGUUGAUUAUUUUUUUUAUAAGCGGAAAUCGGAUUAAUGUUUUACUUUUAAUGCUGACUCAAUGAAUUAUCUUAAUAUUCGUUUUGAAAAAUAAAGGUAU